AUGAAGGCAGAUGGAGAUUGGGAGAAUGUGACCUGCACCGAGGAGAGAGCUUUCAUGUGCUACAACAAAGGAGAUGGUGAUCACCCCCUGAGUUACACCCUAAAAAAGGAGCGACGCUCCUGGUGUGAAGCUCAGAGGUUCUGCAGACUGCACCACACUGACCUGGUCAGCAUCAGCAGCAGCACCCAAAAUGAAGAGGUGAAGAAUAAAGGGGACGGAGAGGCCCCCUUCUGGAUCGGCCUGAUAUACACGGACUGGGAUUGGUCUGACGGAGCGUGCUCCACCUUCAGAAACGGGGGUGGGGGCAAACCUGAGAAAGGAAAGGACUGUGGGUACUUGCUUAAAGAAGAAAAGAAAAUGGGCGCUCAAGCAUGUUCUAAUGAUGCAGUAGGCAUCUGUUAUAAAGACGAGAUCCACGUGAUUAAGAGCACUAAGACCUGGGAGAGCGCUCUGGACUACUGCAAUCAGAACUACGAGGGAUUCCUGCGCAUCGAGUCCCCGCAGGACCAGCGCCGGCUGGAGGAGGAGCUUCACAAAAGCAACCUAUCGGGGCCCGUGUGGCUGGGCCUCAGGCAGAGCCGUCUCUUUGGCUUCUGGAUCUGGGCCAAUGGGAUGAAUGUGGGGUGGAGCAACUGGGAGGGGGGCAGCCAACCAGAGCAGCCGCUGUCCCACAUCUGUGGCGCCAUAGCAACAAGCGGACCCGGGAAGUUCAAGUGGAGCGACCAGAACUGCCUCUCUAAAAGUUACUUCCUGUGCGAGGGAAAGAAAAGGGGUCUGUGAUUCCACUCACACACUCUCUCUCUCUAUAUAUCUCUCUCUUAACCUCAUCUCACAAGAGCAUUUCCUUAGAAAUUACAUUUUUCACUUUAGCAAUUGUACUUUUGUCAUUACAGGUUUUUUUUUCUUUUUUCAAUCAUGCAUUAAUAUACUAUAAAUAACAAUGCACAUAAAAUGUGAAACUGGAUGUAGAAACAUUUUAUGUACGACCAUCGCUUCACUGUCUCAUUAAAUGUGUGCCAGAC